UCUGCUCAGGAAACCUCUGGUGGAGAAAGUACUGGAGUCCCAACUGAAGGCGGUGCAAGACUCGCGCAGAGGACGUUUAUCUCUGGAGCACACUUUCUAUAUUUUGAUUUUCCACUUGUUGCACGACUUGAAAAAAAAAAAAAGAAAGAAAAAACAACAACAACAACCAAAAAAAAAAUCAAGAAUUGCAAUUGACGCUUUUUCAAUAGAUAGCGGCACUCUUGGAUAAAGACUCUUGGCUUUAGCUUUAAGAAUCGGAUUAUCUGAUUGAGGCAUUGUGUUCAUUAGACCGCUCCACUUUUCCACCCGCCUCCUUUUGCGCAUUUCAGCGUGUAACUGAAGAGCAAAGAUGUUGAUGGGUUUUUGCCUCCUGGUGACGUUUCUCUUGGGACUGACCGGGUGUUUGGGCUCCUACGUGCCGUGCGAGCCUUGCGACGACAAGGCGAUGUCCAUGUGUCCUCCGAUCCCGACCGGCUGCCAGCUGGUGAAGGAGCCCGGCUGCGGCUGCUGCCUCACAUGCGCGCUCUCCGAGGGGCAUGCGUGCGGGGUUUACACCGGGACCUGCACCCAGGGGCUGCGCUGCUUGCCCCGGAGCGGGGAGGAGAAGCCCCUACACGCCCUGCUGCACGGCAGAGGAGUGUGCACCAACGAGAAAGGAUACAAACCUGCCCAUCCACCCAUAGAUCGUGAGUCCCGGGAGCACGAGGACACCAUGACCACAGAGAUUACUGAGGAGCUGCAGCCCGCAAAGGUUCCUAUACUUGCCAAAGACAUUGUGAACAGCAAAAAGGUUCAUGCCAUGCGGAAGGAGCUGAAGAGGAAGCUUGGCAAGCAGCGUUCCAUGGGCUCCCCAAUGGACUACUCCCCUUUGCCCAUUGACAAACAUGAACCUGAAUUUGGUCCCUGUAGGAGGAAACUGGAUGGAAUAAUUCAGGGGAUGAAGGACACUUCCCGCGUCAUGGCGCUGUCUUUGUAUCUGCCCAACUGUGACAGGAAAGGAUUCUUCAAACGCAAGCAGUGCAAACCGUCCCGUGGCCGCAAGCGAGGCAUCUGCUGGUGUGUGGACAAGUAUGGAGUCCAGCUCCCGGGGACAGAUUACAGCGGAGGAGACAUUCAGUGCAAAGACCUGGAGAGUAGUCACAACAACAACGAAUAAACACACACCUGUUUCAAAAAAAAAAAAAAAAAAAAAAAAAAAGGGAGGACCACCAUUUAUCCCCAACUGACCCAGGACCCACACUACUUCUUCUCCCCUGUACGCUUCGCUCUCAUUUCAAGAAUUUUUUUCUUUUUUCGUUUUUUUUUUGUUUCUUCAAAUUGAAAAGAGGAUGAAAAUAUAUCAAAAGACAGUCUGAAAAACUGUUUUUCUUCUUUUUUUUUUUUUUGGUUUUCUGUUGACCAAGCACUCUGAAUGAUGAUGGGGGGGAAAGUUCCAGAUGAUCCGUUUGAUCCCUCGAGCUCUGGUACCCCGUAACAAAUACAUACACACGAUGAAUUGACAUUCAAACAAAAGGGGGUUUUGAGCAUCUCAUUGUAUGUUAAAUGAAAGAAAGCACGGAAAACGAUAUGGCAGAUCGGACGCGGCUGUUGAAUCAGAUGUAGAAUUGAUGACUGGCAGUGUCUUUUGAUUUUCAUUUCCUGACUGUACCAGUUGUCUCUGUUUGGGUUUCUGUGCGAGCACUUAUGAGUAGGGGAACUUGCUUUGAUGAAAUGCUGUGUGCUUGAAGGCGUGUAUGUUUACAGUGUGAUUGGUGAACAGAGUGAGCCUAUUACAAUAUGAAUGUCCUUUUCCUGUCCUUGUUUAAUCACGGUUUUCGCUAGCGCUUAAAGGUGGACUUUUUUUUUUUUUUUUUUUUUUUUUUUUCUGUUUUGUGUGACGACAAAAGAGUUAAAAAGAAAACCAAUACAGAUGAAUUAACUUAAGUGGCUCUUUGACCAUGUAGCUAGCCUGAUAUGCCAACUGUGCCUAUUUGAACAGACACUGCCAUGCGGGGCGAUACAUCUGAGGGAGCGUCGACUCGACCGGUGAAAUAAAAAGAACAGUUUUCAGCUGAGAUGAUGGGACUUCACGUUUCAAACUUUUAUUUUUUUGAGUUGAGCGCAAACUUGCCAAGGUUGGCUGGGUUGCAUUUUCAGAUUCCGUUGUGUGAGGUGUAGUUGUGUAUGGUUUUGUUUGUGCUGUUUUUUUUUGCCUUCAGUAAGGUUAAGACCGCCCACUUUUGAGCCAGCUUCCUUCUAAACAAGUGGUUUCCCCUCAAAUACGUCAACGAACCAUGGUGUAUUACUUUUGAAGCUAUGAAUCGGCAAAUGUUUGGAUGAGAGCUCAGUGUUUUGGGGUACGUUUAGCUUAUGAAUACUCAAUCACUAACACACCAUCCAGACUGAACCAUCAUCCACGCAAUUUUAGUCUUGUUUGGACAUUAAACCACUUCUACAUGGACAUAUAACCCUCUUUCAGUUACAGUACUCAAAUAUAUAUGGGGUCUGCUGGGUAAAAGAUCAGGCUGGUUGUUGCAGUUAAGUUCGCCAGAAGAAUUUUAUUGAACAACAUUGUUUGUAGCAUCAUUUCUUGCAAUCUUUACAGCAUUUCCUUUUCUUACAUCCAUAAAAAAAUAAAAAACAAAAAAUUCAAUAUGAGGUAGAGAUACACAGAUUAAGUUUUAGUAAUUCAGGUUCUCAUUUUAACAUUUUUUUGACUAUCUUUCAAUUAUAAAUUGAAUUUUAUACCAGCAAAACAACCUUCAAAUAACAUAUCAUAAACAGACAUAAUGUGAUACACAAAUGUGAUACGACUGUCUUAUAAAGACAUAAUUGCGUGGAUGAGGCGGUCGGGGGGUGGCAAGUAAAUUCCAAAAAGUGGUGCUUAUAGAGUCAUUAAACACCCUUGUUCUCUCUCUGUGUUCAAGUCACAGUGCCUUCACAUGUUCAAUAGCAUUUAAUAGUGACGUGAAAGUGAAAUCGCACCCAACCGUUUCCAGAAAACACCACUCUGGGUCUCAUUGUGAGUUUUUAAAGGUCGCGCUGUUUUCACUACAAAUCCAAACCCAUGGUGCUGUACAUGUUUAAGAAAAAGAAAAAAAAAAAAAGAUAAGAAAAAACAAGGA